AUGAAUCUCUUAAAUACGGGCGACAACUUAUCCUUGAUCGAAUCUCUCUUGACCUCCUCUGGCGAAUCCGCAUUACCUCCGGCGAAUCUCAACACAGACAAUACUCUCCAGAAACGGUUACACGCUGUGUUAAAUGGCACCCACGGUGCCUGGACUUACGCUAUUUUUUGGCGAUCGUCGUUGGACGACUGCUCCGGCGAACCAGUGCUAACAUGGGCGGACGGAAUUAUCAAAGGGGAAGAGGGUAAGAUCCGCCGGAGAAAGAAGACGGCGGCAGAGAAAGAGCACCGGAAUAGAGUUUUACGGGACCUUACCUCGAUGAUCACCGGCCAAGAUUUGCCUAUGAUGGACGACGACGAUGUUGAUGAUGAUGACGACGACGUGGAAGUGACGGAUACGGAGUGGUUUUAUUUGGUUUCGAUGACGUGGAGUUACCGUAGCGGAUCCGGGUUAGCGGGUAAGGCGUUUGCAACAUAUAACCCGGUUUGGGUUACCGGGUCAGAUCAGAUACUCGGGUCAGGUUGUAAUCGGGCUAAGCAAGGAGGUGAGUUAGGGUUACAAACCAUCGUCUAUAUUCCUUCGGAUAAUGGAGUAUUGGAGCUCGGAUCCUCGGAGGAGAUCCGACAUAACUUGGAUCUUUUUAAUAAGAUCCGUUAUCUAUUUUGUUUCAAAGGAUCCAAUGACUUUACCCGGGGCCCCAGUAUAAUGUCUGUUCAGUUACACGAUGGUAAUACUAGUACCGAAACCGAUAACCCGAACCCGUCCCUGAGUCCGAGUCCGAGUCCGGUUUACCCGAAGAUGCAGAAUAAUUUUUCUCAGGAUUUGAAUUUUUAUCGUUACACGGCGGCGAGAGCUUUAACCGGUGAAAUGCCCAGUUUCGGCGACGAUGUUAGACGGAGCUCAGGAAAAAUCGAUGAUUCCACAAUCUGUUCCAAAACGGCGCCGGAAGAUAAACGGAAAAAGAAACGAGGGAGGAAACCGGCGAACGGAAGAGACGAGCCGUUGAAUCAUGUGGAAGCGGAGCGGUUAAGACGCGAAAAUCUAAACCAGCGUUUCUACGCGUUACGAGCGGUUGUGCCGAAAGUAUCCAAGAUGGACAAGGCGUCAUUACUCGGAGACGCGAUUAGUUACAUCAACGAGCUGAAAUUGAAAGCGGAGAGUUCCGAAUCGGAGAAAAACGCGAUUCAGAUCCAGCUCAACGAACUCAGGGAGGAGAUAGCGGGACGAAACGGCGGAGAAAACGCGCCGAAGAUGGGAUCGACGGCGGAGAUUGAUGUGAAGAUCAUGGGUUGCGAUGCGGUGGUUAGAGUGGAGUCGAGCAAGAGAAAUCAUCCUGGAGCGAGAUUGAUGAAUGCUUUGAAGAAUUUGGAAGUAGAAGUGAAUCACGCGAGCAUUUCUGUGAUGAACGAACUUAUGAUUCAGCAAGCGACGGUGAAGAUGGGUUUAAGAAUCUACACGGAAGAGCAGCUUCGGGCCAUGUUGACUUCGGAAAUUAAUUAG